AUGGCUGCUACCACGAGUCCAGGCCAUAUUUCUCGUCUAGGCCAAAGUAUACCCUUCAAGGGAGCUUUUGGCCCUAAAGAGGUCUUUCCUCACUUUGAUCCUUCUCAUCGUCAAUUCGUUGACGAAGGCAUGGAAAUUGAGUGUAACCAUUCCAUUAAGGUACGCGAUGGAGUCAAUCUUCGUGCGGAUAUCUAUCUUCCGGAACAACGACCUAGCAACGCAAAACUUCCAGUUGUGCUUGCGAUAACUCCUUACGGCAAACAAAACCCGCUCGACCUUUCCAAGCUACCCGCCAACCGGGAGUUCAAUGCUGGAUUCGACGGUGUCAACUUCUCCAAAUACGUCAUAUUUGAAGGCAGUGAUCCUGCCUUUUGGACAAAGCAAGGAUUUGCGUUUGUAGCAGUUGAUUCGCGAGGAAGCUUUGCCUCCGAAGGGUCUUUCUUGACUUUCCUCACAAAAGAUUACGGGCUUGACGCAUAUGAUGUUAUUGAGUACCUUGGUACCCAACCAUGGAGUAAUGGCUCUGUUGGAAUGAUUGGCGCAAGUGCAUUAGGUGUGAUUCAAUGGUACACCGCAUCACUUCGUCCUCCUCACCUACGAGGAAUCAUGAUACAAGAUGGAUUCACCAACUUUUACAAAGAGGUUGUUUUCAAAGGAGGAAUCAUCCACCCGAAAUUCUUAGAAGACAUGAACAAAAUCUACAUUGCUCACGGUAACGAAAAAGGAAGUCCCGUUAUCGACCUUCUACAGGCUGCUAAAGAGCAUCCUCAUUAUGAUGAAUUCUGGGAAUUAUUCUCCCCAGAUCCGGAGAAGGUUGAUUGUCCUCUUUACCUCAUUUCAAGUCUUGCCGACAACGGCGUUCACACCCCAGGUUCCAUUCGGGGCUUUUUGGCUGCGCAGUCUUCCCAGAAAUAUAUGGAAUUGCACCCGUAUCUAAAAUGGGAGUGGCAGCUUACACCGGAAUCCCUCGAGCGACAGGUUGCUUUCUUCAGCAAGGUCCUUGAUGGCCCUGAUCGCAAGGCAGCCGCGUCAGUGGAGUUCUGGCCUCCAGUUCGCCUGCAUGUCACCGACAAGCAUUACGCUGGCAGCUGGAGAAGUGAAAACGAGUUCCCAAUUGCCAGAACCCAGAGAACCAAGUUUUUCUUCUCUCCUGACAACCAACUUACCAAUGAAUCCUUAGCUGGCAAUGAUAGCGUCACAUACGAUGCGAAAACAGGCUCCGUCGCGUGGCAAAGAACUUUCUCUUCGCCAACAGAGAUCACUGGAACUGCCCGCCUCCACCUUAAUCUUUCUAUCUCCGAAGGAUCGGAUGCGGACCUUUUUGUGACUCUUCAAAAGCUUGACCGUGACGGAAACAUGGUGCACUUCCCAUACCACUCGUUCAUCAAUGACGGCUACGUGGCCUGGGGUUGGUUGAAAGCAUCCAAGCGGAAGUUGGCAGAGACUGCGUAUGGCGACGAGGUCGCUCACACUUUCCUCGAAAAGGACGUCCAACCAUUGCAGCCAGGUGAAAAAGUGCAACUGGACAUCUCUAUUCAGCCUAGUGCAACCUUGUUCCGCACAGGCGAAACCCUUAGGGUCGUGGUUCAAGGACGAGACUUCAAUGAGUAUAGUCCUGAUUGCCAGAUUCCGCGGGCGGGCACAGGAUGCAACCAAGGAAAACACACAAUCCACUUGGAGGACAGCUAUGUUGAUGUACCUGUUGUCCCCAGCAAGUAUGCGUGA